AUGAACGACUCGUCGACACCCGAGCAGCGGCACCGCACGGACAGCGGCGGACACCGACCCGUGUUGCACCCGUCGGGCGGAUACGUGAGCGUCCCCGUGGACUUCGUGGCGACCCCCCUGUCCAGUCCUCAGGACGAUCUCCUAUGCAAGUACACCGGCAGUCGCUGCGCCAAUCCGAGAAGUCUCAAGAAGAACGGCGAACGGCACAACCUGUACGAGUUCCACCGCGAACGCGCCAACGCCAACCAAAGCCGCUUCGACGCCAAGCAGAGACAGCAACGUCAGUCGUCGUCAUCUGAAGCUGCGGACCUCCCCGAACCGAUCCCCGUGCCGGUCAACUCCCCCGACCCGCCGUUGAACGAGUGGGAGGCGGACUUGCUGCUCGAGACCAUGCAAAACAGCUGA